UCGGGAUUUGUCCGUAAAAGGUCACACCCUCACCUCCACACUCCCCAAGUUUGUCUCCUGUCAUUCUUGAUCCCGGGAUCCCCACGGCGAGCUCCACUCUUACAGAGCUCCAGAGCCCUAUUAGUUGCCCUUUUCUAAUCGCAGCCGCCGCCGCUGCCGCUGCUGCUCCCGCUGCAGCAGCCGCCGGCGCCGCCGCUGUUGCUGUCGCCGCUGCUGCUUAUUUCGCAGCCACUUCCGCCGGAGCUGGAGAACCUGCGCCUUCUGCCGCUGAUCCCCAAGACCCGUCCAUCGGCCCUCCGCCGCCACAGUCUAGCGCCAAACGCCAGUCCUACAGGAAGCAUGUUGCCCAACACCGGAAAACUAGCAGGUUGUACUCUCUUCAUCACGGGUGCAAGCCGUGGCAUUGGCAAAGCAAUUGCAUUAAAAGCUGCAAAAGAUGGAGCGAAUAUUGUUAUUGCUGCAAAGACCACCCAAGCCCAUCCCAAACUUCCAGGGACCAUCUAUACUGCUGCUGAAGAAAUUGAAGCUGCUGGAGGAAAAGCUUUACCAUGUGUUGUUGAUGUGAGAGAUGAACAGCAAAUCAGUGAUGCAGUAGAGAAAGCUGUACAGAAGUUUGGAGGAAUUGACGUUUUGGUAAACAAUGCUAGUGCUAUCAGCUUGACCAAUACACUGGAAACGCCUACAAAGAGAGUAGAUUUGAUGAUGAGUGUCAACACUAGAGGAACCUAUCUUACAUCUAAAGCAUGCAUUCCUUAUUUAAAAAAGAGUAAAAUUGCUCACAUCCUAAACCUCAGUCCACCAUUAAACCUGAAUCCAAUCUGGUUCAAACAACAUUGUGCUUAUACUAUUGCUAAAUAUGGUAUGUCUAUGUGUGUACUUGGAAUGGCAGAAGAAUUUAAAGGAGAAAUUGCUGUCAAUGCUUUGUGGCCCAAAACAGCCAUACAUACUGCUGCUAUGGAUAUGCUAGGAGGAUCUGGUGUUGAAAGCCAAUGUAGAAAAGCUGACAUCAUUGCUGAUGCUGCAUAUUCCAUAUUCAGUAAACCAAAAAGUUUCACUGGAAACUUUAUUAUUGAUGAAAAUCUCUUAAAGGAAGAAGGAAUAAAAAAUUUUGAUGUCUAUGCAGUCAAACCAGGUCACCCCCUAUUACCAGAUUUCUUUGUGGAUGAAUACCCUGAGACAAUUUCCAAGGAAGUGGAAAAACAACAAGAUGCAGCUCCACCAGCAAAAGAUUGGAAGCAAUAUCUACAACAACCACGAUUAGCUGCUGGAGCAGUUGAAGAAACAUUUAAAAUUCUUAAGACCGCUCUCAGUGAAGAUAUUGUGAAAGCUACUCAGGCAGUUUAUCUGUUUGAACUCUCUGGUGAAGAUGGGGGAACUUGGUACCUUGAUCUUAAAAACAAUGGCGGGUAUGCUGGAUCUGGACAGCCUAGUGACCAGGUAGAUGUGGUAAUGACCAUGACCACUAGUGAUUUUGUGAAAAUGUUUUCGGGAAAACUAAAGCCAACAAUGGCCUUCAUGUCAGGCAAAUUGAAGAUUAAAGGUAACAUGGCUCUAGCAAUCAAGUUGGAAAGGUUGAUGACUCAGAUGAACUCCAGACUGUAAAAGGAAUGGAGUUUUUGUUCCAUAUGUAGAACACUUGGCCUUAAAGAGUAAAAACUUCAUUGUUUAAAAUACCAUUGUUCACUUUGUUUUGCCUAUCUAUAUCAUGAAGCAGCAUGUUGGUCCUAGUGGAAAAGCUUUCAUGUCCACAUACCUUGAUAAACAAAACAGAAAACUAAUAUGGUUUAGCUUAGUUAAGUGGAACCAUUGAGUACUGUUGUUUCUUACAUACUCCUGGCUGAGAAAUACCAACUCUAUCCAACUAGCCGGUUGAAUUUUCAUUUGUCACCGAGUACUAGCCAGAGAAUUCUCUUUGUUGGGAUUUGUUUUGCUGUGCUUAAAAAUCAUCUUAGAUCCUUAAAGAUCAUAUGUCAGAAUUGGAUAGCUUUGUAGAUUUUUUCUAGAUAACUAUGCAAGCUAGUUCUUUUGAAAAUUGAGAGUUUUUUUUAAAGCCUGGGUUAAUGCAAAUCUUUGCUGAUAUUUUGGAUUUUUAAAUAGCUAUAUUUUUAAGGAGAUCAUCAGUAAUGCAUUUUGUCAUAAUACAAAUGUCUACUAAUCCAAAAAAUAUUAACAUCUAAUGAAAUUUAAAAUGUGCUACUUUUGUUUGUUAUUAACUUUCUUGUCUGGUGCAAAACAUCUACAAAAAAAAACAAUUUAAAUGUAAAUCAACUAAUUGUAAUAUGAGUUCUGCUCAUUGUUAUGUGUAAAUGCUCUGAAAUAAAUGACUUUCUCACCUGGUGUA